AUGGCGAUCUCAACGAAGCCCGUACCAUCUGGAGGCGUCUGGUGCCCUGCAGUUACGUUCUUUGACCAUGAGACAGACUCCCUGGACUUGGCCGCACAGUCGAAGUACUUCGCCUACCUGUCGCGCACUGGAUUGGCCGGUCUUGUCAUCCUCGGCACGAACUCCGAAGCAUUCCUUCUUACCCGCGAAGAGCGAUCCCAGCUGGUUUCUACUGCACGCGCCUCGGUCGGACCCGAUUUCCCCUUGAUGGUGGGCGUUGGAGCCCACUCCACAAAGCAAGUCUUGGAGCUGGCCCAGGAUGCGGCGACCGCGGGCGCCAACUACCUCCUGGUACUUCCCCCGGCAUACUUUGGCAAGGCCACCAACAUGAACGUGGUCAAGCGAUUCUUCUCCGAGGUCGCCUCGAAGGCGCCUCUCCCCGUGGUCAUGUACAAUUUCCCUGGUGUGUGCAACGGGGUGGAUAUGGAUUCGGAGACCAUCACAGCGGUCGUGCGCGAAUCGGCCGCCGCGAAUGGAGGUCGAUCGAAUGUGGUGGGUGUGAAGCUCACCUGUGGAUCAGUUGGAAAGAUUACACGGCUGGCCGGGACCUUUUCCACAGAAGAAUUUGCGACAUUCGGUGGUCAAUCUGACUUCCUGAUCGGUGGACUUGCUGCUGGUAGCGUUGGUUGCAUUGCCGCAUUUGCCAAUGUGUUCCCCAAGACUGCGUCCCGGAUUUAUGCGCUGUAUCAGAAGGGUCAACUGGAGGAGGCUACUAAGCUUCAAAGACAAGCGGCUCUAGCCGAAAGUCCUAUUAAGAGUGGUAUCGCAUCCACCAAGUACGCGGUUUCUUGUUAUUCUGCUGUAGCGGCAGGCAUCGCAGACGCUGAGGCCAAGCUUCUCCCCCGUCACCCUUAUGAGCCGGUGGGAGAGGCUGUCAAGAAGUCGGUGACGUCUGUCAUGGCAGAGGUGGCGGCUAUUGAGAAGAGCCUGUAA